AUGUCUCGUAUUUUCUUUGCUAAAAGUGAUACUGAACGAAAGCGGGAAAAACGUGCUGCAAAGCGAGACACAAUUAUCGCUGCUGCCGUUGAAAGUAGUAGUAGUGAUACUUCUGACGACGAAAUGAACUUGCCUAUGUCUGAUCCAUCAUUACAAAAUGAUUAUCGAGAUUUCAAUGAUUUAAUAAAAUUAAAUAAAAUAGCUUCGCAACAAGAAAAUAAUAGUGCUACUAACCUUUCAUCAUCUAGUGAAGAAGAUGAUGCUGAUCUGGACGAAUUAAUUCGAGCAACCGAUGUAAGUUAUCAAUGUAAAGUUUAUGCUAAUAGUUUCUUAUCAAUACAUGAUGCAUGUGAACUCAUUAUUAAAUUGUCUCGCCGAUUAAAUUUAGACAAAAAUAAAGCGAAAAUCUUAUUACAUGGUAUACGUUUAUUACUGCCAAACGACAACAAAUUGCCACGAACACUGGAGGGAUUAUUGAAAGUGCUUGGUAUAAACAAUAAUAAAAAAGUGGUCUAUCAUUGUACAGAAUGCCUCACUUACUUAAAUACACCUCAAGAAACAAAAUGCUCAUCGGACUGUCAACUAAAUAAUAAAUAUCGUUCAUUUUCGAACGUUAGUGAAUUAACCAUCAAUGAUGUUAAAAGCGAGAUUAGUAGUACCAUCGAAAGAUAUGCCAAUGUUAUUCUUGAUUAUCGAAAUCGAUCAAACUUAUUAUUACCAUGCGAUGUACCAAAUGCUCAUAUUUACCAAACUAUAUCUUCAACAACAUCAAUAAAAAGUAGCCAAAAUCAAGUAACAGUAAUGCUUCAUACUGAUGGUGCGCCUGUUACUAAAUUUCGUGGUAAAUCUUUAUGGCCGAUUCAAGCGACGUUAUGUGAAAUUCCACCGCCACUUAGAGAUCAUAAACAAGCUAUUAUGAUAUUUGGAGCGUGGCUUAGUACACGUCAUCCUGAUAGAAAUUUGUUAUGGACAAGUAUUGUGAAACAAAUUCAACAACUUUUCGGUGACGAAAUCACUGUUACGAUUAAUCGAUGUCAAGUUAAGUUUAUUGUUCGUACACAACUAAUAACAUUUGAUCUACCAGCACUCGCUUUAAACUGCAAUAUAAUACAAUAUAACGGAUAUAAUGCUUGUCCAUUUUGCAAAAUACCAGGUCGAUCACUUGAUAAACAAGUAUUUUAUCCACACUCCUCCACUUCAUAUCCUGUUAAAUCAAUCGAUGACUAUCGACGAUAUGGAGUGUCAAACUCGUCGUACAUUACAACUCUUGGUAUUAAAGGCCCAACGCCGUUAACAGAUAUAUUGUUACUUCCAAUUCAAAUUGCCGUUGACUACAUGCAUUUAGUGUGCAGUGGUCAUAUGAAAACUUUAAUCGGCUAUUGGCACAAAAUGUUGUUACCACGUGUGUUUAUAGAAGCAUCAGAUUAUUUAAUGUCCAUCACCUUACCACAUUGCUUUAAUCAUCAAUUUAUGCCAUUGGUGGAUUACAAUAAUUGGAAAACAAAAUAUUACAGAGAUUUUCUUCUAUAUGUUUCACCUAUUUUUUGUAUUUUAUUUUUACCAGACAAAUAUGCAUUACAUUUUUUACAUUAUUUUAUAUAUGUUCGUAUACUUUAUCAUUAUCAAAGCAUGUCAGAACUCGACAACAUUGAUUUAUUGUUUGAUGAAUAUUACAAAAAUUUAUCGACAUUAUAUGGUCCAAAGUCAGAAUUAUUUACUGUGCAUUUACAUUCUCAUCUGAAAGAACAGGUAGUUCGUCAUGGUGCUUUAUCGAUGACAUCAUGCUUCGCUCGCGAAUCAUAUUUGGGGCUAGCAUUAACUAUGUGUCAUGGGAAAAUGUAUAUUCUUGAACAAUAUAUUUCGUGGCAUUUGAUUGAUCGUUCUUUAUAUGAGAAGAACACCAUCGAUGUAAAUGAUAUUUUUAUCAAUGAAAAAUUUAACGAGCGUUAUUUGAAUAUGCAAUUGAUUACAAAAUACAAAACGACAUUAACGGAAUGUUUAAUAGAACAAAAAUUUGCAUUCGAUCAAACUUUAGAAAUUCAGUAUUAUACUCGAUAUUAUCGUGGUUUUAAAACUUUUCAUUCAAUGGUAUAUUCUCGUACGGGAAAAGCAAUUAGCUAUCAAGUAUCUCUUGUUAAUCCCAAAUGCACACAAAUUAAAAAAAAAUGUUUUGCGGAUGUCAUACUUUAUUUCAAAUUAUGCAAUGUGUAUUAUGCUUUUGUGAAACAAUAUCCAUGUAUUAAUGCUAGUGUGGGAAUAGGAUUAACAACAGUUGCUAUUCCACAAAAUGUUGUUGAACGACUCGACUGUUAUUAUGGUUUAUUCAAUGUCAAGAAAUAUUCUUAUAAAAUAGUUCCAGUAGGUGAUAUCUUGAACAAAGUAAUCAAGAUGGGUUGGAGUGAACAGAACAUCUUUGUAUUCACUGAUGUUGUUGUUGAUUGGGAGCAUGAUUAA